AUGAAUGACUAUUUACUCAAAUCCUUAUUAAUAUCCAAACAACAAAUAUUUAAUAACGAAAUCCCUCCAAAACCCACAGAAAACACAAAAAAUACAAAAAUUAAAUCAGAAGAAGAAUCAGAAUUAACCGUUAAGAAGGGACAUAGUAUUCCUCUCUGGGCUAUUUUCUCAGCUUUAAUUCUGGUUUUAAUGGCUCUAUUUGCUCUGUUAUUAGCCCAUUUAGUUGGAAGACGUGUGGCUUUAGCUCAACAGCAGAAAAAAUUUUCUUCUGCUAGCCGAAUGAGCAUGAGAAGUGCCCGACCAGACGAAUCAUUAUUAAUGAGUGGAGGCGGGGGAGCAUCAGCAACAACAAAAAAUACUCAAAAUAAUGUUUCUGCAGGAGGGGGUAAUUCUGCAAGUGGUGGAGGAUUGCCUUCAUCCCAUUUGAAAAGUCAAAUGAUGUUUAGACAAUUUGGGAGAAAGUGUCAAUCUACGACAAAUUCUGGUGGGGGACAGGCAAAUAUUGUUAGACAAAAAAUUUAA